AUGAAAAUCUCAAAAAAUUCAAGAAGUUCAUCAUCAAUUCUAGUUGAAGUGCCAAUUUUGAAUUUAAAAACCUUGCCAUCUCGCUCUUUCAGCAUCAGACAAAAUAAUUUAAAUUGGGUCUCUUCAGGGCGACGGUCACUUAAUCUUGAAAAUUCAAAAAUCCACAAUGCAUCAGUGUCAGAACGAUCAGGGCCAUCAAUUUUCUUAACUAACCCAACACAAAUUUCAGGAAAAAAUAGGUACAAUUCUCCAAUUACACCUCCGACUAACCCAAGCUCUAAUUCUAAUAGCCCUCAGAACUAUUCCAAAGGCUUUGAGCUUGUCUAUCACCUUUUUCCUUUAAAAAAUCCUAAUUUUUCACAAGUGAGGAUCAAGAGAAGACCUACAAAAUUAGACUGCAAUUUUGAAAAACAAAACGAAGAGUUUUCUAGUAUAGGGCAUCAUAGCAAUGUUGUUAAAAAAGCUUUGAAAAAGAUAACGAUAGAGCCAAUAAUUUCGCCAGGUGCUCCUAAACACGAUAUUCAGCCUAUUGAUUUUUCAAGAAAAAUAAAAAGAGUUGAUGAAAAAAGUGAUAUAGAGAAAAUCAUGGAAUCUGUAUAUCCACUUAAAAGAAGCAAGCAUAUUUAUAAUUAUUAA